AUAUAUUACUUUUUUUAAUAUAGCCUACCAAAUGAUGACACUAAUGCAUAUAUUACUCUCUUUAACAGUCUACUACCAAACGAUCAGUGAAAAAGAAAUACACCAUCAAUCUAUCAAUUAGGUGGGUACUGGCCACGAAGCCCAUAAGAUAAAGAUUAAUCUCAAUUGGAUUUUGAUGAACUUUUAGGGAAUUAAAAACAAUUGGGUCUGCAAAUUGAGAUCAAUAGCAGAAAAUUCCAAAUGGAUAUUGAAUCAGUGAAGAAAUUCUUGGAGAAAGAAGGAGGCAAUUAUGAAAGCACAGUGGAUUCUAUGGCUGCAAGAUUCAUUGAACCCUUUGUCUCACAUGGGAUAAAGAUUGACCUCAUUGAGCCUGGUCGUCUUCUCUGCUCUUUCCAUGUCCCUCCUCGUCUAGUGAAUGCGGGUAAUUUUCUACAUGGUGGAGCUACGGCGACUCUGGUGGAUAUUUUGGGAUCUGCUGUUAUUUUUACUGUAGGUAGAUUGGCACUCACUGGUGUUUCAGUUGAGAUCAGCGUUUCUUAUUUGGAUGCUGCUUAUGUUGGA